AUGGAGUUUCAGUUGGGCAGAGCCCAGGGCCGGUGUCUGGAGUGCCAGCCUGGCCACCUCUGCAACCAGACGGGACUUUCUCAGCCCCCCCUUUGCCCCUCGGGCCACUACUGCCCCCCUGGCUCGUCUGUCGCACAGCCAUGCCCACCCGGCUUCUACUUUGCUCAUACUGGUGCAGUAGAUGUGACUCACUGCAGUUUGUGUGAUGCGGGGCAGUUCUGCCAGAAUCCGGGCCUUUCUGCCCCUGAGGGUCCCUGUGCCCCAGGAUUCUACUGCACUGGGGGAUCCAGCACUGCCACACCGGUGAACUCGCGGUCAGGAGACAUGUGUCCGGCAGGCUACGUGUGCCCACCUGGCACCAUGCACCCUCAUGAGUCGCCAUGCCCCCCUGGCACCUGGAGUAACGUGGUCGGGGGGCAUGAUCUGUCCACCUGCUGGCUCUGUCCACCUGGGUUCUACUGCAACGCCUCCGCCCUGACCCAACCAACGAGUGUGUGCGCCCCAGGGUUUUAUUGCUCUGCUGGCGCUAAGAGCUCAAUGCCGGCCAAUGGAGAGAGCGGCGGACGCUGUCCUGCUGGGUCCUACUGUCCACCGGGUUCAGCCUCACCCUCGCUCUGCCCUGAGGGAACCUUCGCCAAUGCCUCAGGUGUUGCGGAGUGCCGUAACUGCCCUCCGGGGAAGAUCUGCCUGCAGGGGGAGUCCCCUGAACUCUGCCCUGAGGGGCACUUUUGCCUGGGUGGUACAUUGCAUGACAUCCUGCCCUGCCCUCCAGGAACCUACAACCCCUCACUGGGGCAAAACCAACUGGAGCAGUGCCUCCUCUGCCCACCGGGGAUGUACUGUGAGGAGUGGGGUCUGUCUGAACCAUCAGGACUUUGUCAGGCUGGAUAUUUCUGUCUAGCGGGCAUCAACUUUCGAAACCCCGAUGGGAACAUCAGCACUGGAGUGGGCGGGGCUUGUCCUAGAGGUCACUACUGCCCAGAGGGCACAAGCCUACCUCAUGCCUGUCCCCCAGGAACCUUUUCCAACAGUCUCCAUGUCACAGAGAGCACCAGCUGCAGCUCUUGUCCCCCGGGGCUUUUCUGUGGCACAGAGGGUCUGAUCCGCCCAUCUGGUCCCUGUCAGCAGGGCUUCUACUGCCCUGCCGGUGCCUCCACUGCCAUGGGAGCGGGCAGCGGAGGAGGCCCAUGCCCGGUGGCACACUACUGCCCCACUGGCAGUGCCACCCCAGUGCCCUGUCCGGUGGGCACCUACGCCAACCUCACUGCCCAGUCACGCUGCAAUCUGUGUCAGGCGGGAUACUACUGCCCCGAGCAGACUGCCAACUACACUGACCACCCCUGCCACCCUGGAUUCUACUGCCCUGAUGGCACUAAACAUGCCACCCAGUUCCCGUGUCCCCGUGGCUACUACAACCCAGAGGCCCUCACCCAGAGCUUGGACAGCUGCCUGCCCUGCCCCCCGGGCCACUACUGCGAGAGGGAGGGGCUCUCGGCCGCAUCAGGGAAAUGCAAAGCUGGCUGGUUCUGUGUGUCUGCUGCAUGGACCUCUCAGCCCUUUGAUCUGGACAAUUACACCAACGCUAACUGCCUGUGUCCAGCCACGUCCACCGGAGGGCGUUGUAGAAAGGGCUUCUUCUGCCCCUCGGGAAGCUCAGAGCCACAGCCCUGCAUUGCCGGGGCCUUCUGCAAUGCCACAGGCUUGUCUCUGCCCAGUGGGCCCUGCUCCCCGGGGUUCUACUGCACUGGUGGGGCUACUCGACCCAAACCCAGAGACGGGGUGACAGGAAACAUCUGUCCCCUAGGGUCUUACUGUGAGGAGGCAUCGGAGGAGCCGGAGCCGUGUCCAGUUGGCUCCUUCUCAGCCGCCGCUGGUCUGGUGAGACGCUCCGAGUGCCAGAGAUGCACAGAGGGGCACUACUGCAACACCACAGGGCUACAGGGCCCUACGGGACCCUGCAGCGAGGGUUACUGGUGCCCGGCUGGUCAGGAGGCUGACCGCUUGCUGCAGUGCCCGGUCGGUCAUUACUGUCCCCUGGGCAGCCCUGCCCCACUUCUAUGCCCCUCGGGCUCCUACCAGGACAGUGAGAAGCAGGCCAACUGCUCACUCUGUGAAGCAGGUCAUUACUGUGACCACAGGCUGGCUUCCAGAAACAUCUCAGUCCUGCAGCCCUGCCCGCGAGGGCACUACUGCCCCCCAGGGACGCGUUUUCCCACCCAGUACCCCUGUCCAGUGGGCACCUACAACCCCACAGAGGGCAUGGGCAGUCUCAACGCCUGCCUCUCCUGCCCCUCAGGGCAGUUUUGCCCCACCAUGGGCCUCUCCGAACCGAGUGGUGUCUGCCAGGCAGGGUUCUGGUGCAGAACCGGCUCCAGGUCCACAUCUCCGCUAAACGGAACCUCCGGUUCCACAUGCCCCGCUGGGAAUUACUGUCCUGCUGGUGUGUUUUUACCUGUGCCCUGUCCAGUGGGCACCUGGACGGGCAGAACAGGCCUGCAGGAUGAGGGUGAGUGCCAGCUCUGCCCAGGGGGGUCGUACUGUUCCACUGCUGGUCUCACAGCACCUACGGGACUCUGUGCUGGAGGGUUCUACUGUGUGGAGGGGGCACAGAUACCCACUCCCACUGAUGGAGUGGCGGGUGCUCCUUGCCCAGAGGCUCACUAUUGCCCCAUAGGAACCUCUCAGCCUGUGCCGUGUGAGCCGGGGACGUAUAUGAGCGCUACACAGGCCUCUGAGUGCUCAAUCUGCCAUGCAGGAUGGUACUGCAUCGCUGGGGUCCGGAUCCUCUGUCCAGCAGGGUUCUAUUGUCCCGAGGGCACUGGGGACACCUGGCAUCCCUGCCCUGUGGGCACAUACAGUCCUGCCACGGGUCUGGGCGUGCUGUCGGAGUGCCGUGUGUGUGAUGGAGGGCACUACUGCAGCGUGCCAAACGCCACCUCCGUCUCAGGGCCCUGCUCCGAGGGUUACUACUGCUUACCUGGCAGUACCACCCCACGGCCCCUCACCACGGAGGAAGGAGGACCAUGCCCUGUUGGUCACUUCUGCCCAGAGGCCACAGCGCUUCCACAUGCAUGUCCUGAAGGCACCUACAGCAACAUCUCUAAAUUAACCUCACUGGUGAGCUGCACACUGUGCUCCCCUGGCCACUACUGCGGCUCAGCAGGUCUGAGUGCACCGACUGGGGAAUGCUGGGAAGGCUAUUACUGCCAGCAGGGGGCAGUAUAUCCCAACCCACACAGCAGGGAUGCUCAGGGAGGGCCCUGUCCUGCAGGACACUACUGCCCCCGGGCCUCCACGCGGCCCCUCCUCUGCCCAGCAGGACGACUCAGCACUGAGGAGGGACAGGCCACCUGCAGUCUCUGUCCACAGGGUUACUACUGUCCUGGCACUGGCUCAGCCAAUCAGAGCGUAGAGUGUCCUGUUGGUCACUACUGCCCCGCUGGCACCAGCACUGCGUACCAGCACCCGUGCCCAGCUGGCACCGUAAACCCACGGCAGAGAAUGGGCACAGCCGACGGCUGCAUGCCAUGCCCUCCAGGUUUCUUCUGUGCAUGGUCUGGUCAGAGUGAGCCGGCCGGCCGCUGUUCUGCUGGUUUCUUCUGCUCUGCGGGCGCCGCGUCCCCGCGGCCACAGGACGGCACAACGGGGGACAGCUGCCCUCAAGGCCACUACUGUCCCUCUGGGGCCUCCGUACCUCUUCCCUGUCCCACCGGCCGCUACAGCAACACCACGGGCAACGCCCACCUGUCGGACUGCCAGCCCUGUACAGCUGGUUUCUCCUGUUCCAGUAGGGGGCUCUCUCUCCCCUCUGAAGUGUGCCCAGCGGGAUUCUACUGCCCUAAUGGGGAGAGUUCCAACCAUUCCAGCCCUAAAGCCUGCCCCCCGGGCUACAUCUGCCCCCCAGGCAGUCCUGUCCCAACCCCCUGUCCUGCAGGAACCUAUCAGGACCAACCUGGACAGACCCAGUGUGCCCCCUGUCCAGCUGGCUUCUUCUGCGGUGCCUCACUGCAUCCUGACACAGGGCUGGCCGAAGGCUCCCACGCCCCCACUGCUUGCCCCCAGGGGCACUACUGCCCAUUAGGCACCAGGGCUGCUCAGGACUUCCCCUGUCCUGUGGGCUCCUUCAGUGGCCAGUGGGGCAUACGCAGCAGGAGCCAGUGCGCCCCCUGUCCACCAGGCCAGUACUGCGGCUCAGCGGGGCUGGCUGCCCCUUCAGGAGACUGCUCUCCAGGAUUUGUGUGUGUCCAGGGCGCCAUACAGCCACAACCCCCAGGUGACCUGACGGGUGGCCAGUGCCCUGCAGGCUUCUACUGCCCCGUGGGCACCACACAUGCCAUGCCCUGCCCCCGGCUCCUUCAGCCCAGCAGAAGGUGCGGUGUCAGAGGGUGCAUGUCAGUUGUGUCCAGCUGGUCAGUUCUGCUCGGAUAUUGGUCUGACUGCGCCAUCAGGGCCCUGCAGCGCUGGCUACUUCUGCUCACGAGGAGCCUCCUCACCCACACCUCUACACACAGAGACUGACGGUGAGACGGCUAUGGGAAGUGUGGAGAUAGAGACGCGCUCGUCGGUCUCGGCCAGUGGAGGAGUGUGUCCCAGAGGACACUUCUGUCCCCAGGGUACAGCUCAGCCCCUGCCAUGCCCCCCAGGUAACCCCACAGCUCCCCCUUCUUCUGGCUAGCUCAAGUUUCAGUUGUGUCCAAAAGCAAAGGAUGUGACCUAGGUUGUAUCAUUCUUAUUAGUAGCGUCAUUGUCAGAGUCCUUGUCAGUCAGAAUCCUUGCCACCGCAGUUUCUGUCUUCCUCGUCAGUCUUGUGAUGUGGACAGCCUUGUGUGAUGUAAU